ACAAAAAGACAGUAACUCCGAAAAGAAACAUGUUAUAUGAUGUUAUGAAAAUGUUAUACAUACAUAUUCAGAUUCUUAUUGUCAGAUUUAGUCAAUUUAUUCUUAUUCAUAUAUUUGGUGUAGUUCCUCUUCUGGAAUACAAGUUCCAAAGCAAGUGGUUCUUUGUAUUGUAAUGAGUUUAUGCCUAAAUGCUUUUUAAUAUCAGGAAGUCUACAUUGACAGCUUAUAAUAAAACCUUAUGACUUCCGGGAGUGUCUUCAUAUUGUGUCUGAUUGGUUCCUUGCCAAAUUGUGAGGAGCUACAAUAUGAAUCACGAAGGAUAAUAAUCAACAACAGAAACCAGCAAUAUAUAAUAAGCCUAACGAAAUGUUGAAAGUGAAAAUACAGGCAGCCAUUAGCAUAAGCUCAUUGUAUGUACUUGCUGUACUUGCAGGCGUGUAAAGUUCUAUCCCAGAAUAUAAUCGUCUAUUUACCUAAUCAGCAAUGGGAAUUAAUCAAGGACCAGAAGAUGGGAAGAUUAAAUCAGGAAAACAACAGAAGGCGAAGCCAGAACCAUUAAGAAAGGAGAAGGGUAUUAUACAGUCUGAUUACGCAUGUGCAUUAGAAACCCUUGAAGGAAAUGAUGUCCCAGAAAACGAGGUACGCAUUCUUCUCUUAGGAGUUGAUGGAUCCGGAAAAAGUACAGUAAGAAAUUUGAUUCUUGGUAACGACACUUUCAAAACUGAUGAACCGAGUAGAGGAAAGACAAGGACAAGCUCAUAUGCCACCUGCGUGCGCAAUGGCAGACGUUUUGUUGUCGUUGAAACACCAUGUUUGUUUCAUACGAGAUUUGCACCAAAAUUUAUUAUCACUGAAGUUAACAAGCUAAUUGGCCUUACGUUACCAGGUCCACACAUUUGCAUAUUUGUAGUACCAAGCGUCGAUUUAUCAUCUGAAGAAAAGCAAGCAAUGGCGAGAAUGCAGAGUGCGUUCUUUCCGGGAGCUGCUGAUAACUCUAUGGUUGCACUAACAAAAAUCGAUGUCUUGAGCCCCAAAGGCAUGAGUCCAGAAGCAUAUGCAUCAGGUGCCGCAGUAGUGAUAAAAAAAAUAAUUGAAAAAUGUAAUAAUCGAGUUGUUCAUUUAGGUCUUACCAAUGGUAAAGAGGAAGAUGAGCUUCAAACCAAAAACCUUGUUGAUGUGAUCGAAAGUAUGCUAGAUAAAAAUAGCAAUAAAUUUUAUACAAACGAAGCGUACGCAUUAGCCCAAGUGAAUAUGAAAGUACACAAAACACAAUUAAAGGAAAAAUACUUGAGGACGGAAGCCGGCAUAUCACUACUCGAGAAAAUGAAAAAUGUUGAAGGAAUGCGUUCUAGGAAAAAAACAGAUGAAAAUGUCAGCAAUGCAACACCUGCGGAGGAAACAUUGGAAAAAAUGGAAAGUGGACUGAAAACACUUACAGAAAGCAUGACUGAAGUGGUAUGUGAUCAAGUUCGUGAGGGAGUUCUUCAGGAAUCAAUAACUCCUUUUGAGCUAAACUUAAGACGACUGAUAACAUCUGGAACUAAGUCUAUUGGAAGUUUCCUAGCCUCAUUUAUUAGUUUUGGCCCAUAAACCCUUUACAUAGAAAAGCCGAGAUUGGAACACGGGCACUGACUUAUGGAGCUUUUAUUGGCUGUUGAAUGGUGCACAGAUUUUUACACUCUAUACUCGAGUAGCACUAGUUGUUCUCAUUAAUUAAGAUCAAUCUUUGAACAGAAAGAAGGGUGCUCAGUCACCAUGAGCAUCCCUUUUUGAGUACGCCACUGCCAAUACGCCUAUGCAUUUGGAACGACAAGAAAAUAUAUCAUAACAGCGAUGCAAGUAAAGAGAUAAAUUCUAAACAACUACUGUUGCUGCUUACUUGGACUCGAAUUCAACCCUGGCCAUCAGGCGCAAGCUCGGUGGUCUACAGGUAUGAUGCCAGUCUAGUGAUGUGGAGAUCGUGGGUUCGAGUCCCACCCGAGAACAACUUGCGAUUUUUUUCGCAGUUCUUUUCAAAUAUUGUGAUAAUGUUGUUUUCCAUGUUAUUUGUUUUGUGAAUGUCUGUUUAGCCGUUAUAAGUGAAGUUUGUUUGGAUAUUGUAGUUAAGACUUGUUUAUUUAAUAUUUUCUUUUGUAUUUUUCUAAUGAUACAUUCCUUAAUUAAAUGCAAAGCGAUUCAUAUUAGCAAACACACCGAAACUAACAAUAAUGUUGUAUACAGUAUAAUAUUUUUAAUUUUAAAGAAGUGGAAUUCAAAAUUAUGUCUCAAAGGUCCUCUUCUAAAUCUGUUCACAUGUAUCAUUUAUUACAUUUACAGUGUAAUAAUAACCUACCAUUAUGAUGCCUUCAAAAUGUUAAUUUAUUAUAACGGCACUAGUGUUAAUUCUGAUAAUAAAGUCCUUGUGGUAUUCAUAAAUUGACCGACAAAAUUCCUAACGAUGCAGAUCAAAGUUAAGUAAGAAAUUUGAAAAAAAAAGUGUUGGUGCACUUUUUGUUGACGUUACAAAAAGAACUAAAUGCCAAAACGCUUUCGGUACAGCAUACAUUUCAAAAUCAUUGUUAAAUUUGGCAUACGUUAUUACUAUUUUUGGAAUUUAUAAUACUAAUCAAAAUCAUAACAAAAUUGGAUGGUUAUUGCAAAUUUGUAUAAAACAAGGUAUGAUUUAUAAUAACUAAACAGAUAUCCUAUUAUUCUGUUUUACAGUGUAUACAAUUAACUAUGUCUAUCAAAUUUCGUGUUAAGAAUGUGCACAGACCUAACCGAGUAUAUUUAUAGCACAUUCAAGUACAUCACAGCAAGGAGCCGUACCUCGAUUUUGGUAAUUUUAAAAUAAAUUAUAUGUAAAAACAAGCGUAUGUUCACAUUUAUUUGUAUACAACUGGUAAAUAAUAAUAUUGUAUAUAAUAUUGAGGAAUGCGAAAGUAGGCAUCUAAAGAUUCUCUUCUUAUUUUGCGUUCACAUGUAUUAUUUAAUACAUUCACAGUGUAAUAUAACUUACCAUUAUCAUGCCUUCAAAAUGUUUUAUAGGCCCUAAGGGCAUUACAGUCCAGUAUCUAAGGUUACCAAAAAUAGAUGGUUUGUUACAAUAGUGGAUGCAAAUUUGCUCUUUUGCAUUGUAAUAGAGCAUGUGUUGAUACAAAAUCAAAGUUACUAGAGAAUCUGAUUUGACCUCUGUGACCUGUGACAAUAAUGUUUAUGUUGUUUUCUAUCUCUGCAACGCUUGGGUCUAUAGAAAGUUGCUGUCAAACUGUUCAGAAUACAUGCAUUUACGUUCUCUAAAACCUUGUUAGUGAUAGGGUAUGUCGAAGACGACUAAGGUGACGACGACAGAGGAUGACUUAGGGAGUUGAUGAUGCUGAUGGAAUGAUGAUGCUGAUGGUAAUGCAUGACGAUGAUGAUGACUUUGACCGACGAUAAUAACGAUGAUCAUGAACAAGUAUGCUUUAAGAUGAUGGAGGAAGAUGAUGAUGAUAAUGAUGAUGUUGAUGAUGGUUAUGAAGAAGGAUGGUUUAAGAUGAUAGAGGAAGAUGAUGAUGAUAAUAAUGAUGAUGAUGAUAAUGAUAAUGAUGAUGAUGAUGAUUAUGAUGAUGAUUAUGAAGACGGAUAUGGUUUAAGAUGAUGAUAAUGAUGAGAGAUGACGUUUAUUUUGAUAAUUGAAGAUGGUAAAGUUCUUUUUUUUUUCUGGAUGAAUAUGUUGAGUGACUACGAUAAUGAUGAUGAUAGAAAAUUACUUCUCCGAUGGAGAACGAUAAUCAGGGAUAUGAUGCUGUAGAAUGACAAUGAUGUUGGAGAAUGACCAUAAUGAUGACGGCGAUUUUGAUAGUGAUGGAAGAUUGCGGUAUUGGAUGAUAAUGGAUGAUGAUGUUAAUGAAUGAUGAUAAUAUAUAUGAUGAUAAUCAAUCACAAAAAUAACAAUUAGAGAAUGACAAUGAUGGUGAUGAAUAAUAAUGGAGUGAUAAAUACGGGAUGAUGUUUAAUGGAAGAUGAUGAUAAUGGUGUGACAUCUGCAAUUUUAAAAACAUAUUUUAACAAAAAUAUAUCAAUACAGAUAUGUCUGAAUAACAAACUAUACUUUGCAGAAAUUUGACUUUCUCUAUAAUAUAAUAAUUUCAGAAACCUAGGUAUUGCAGAAAUAUGGCCAUUUCAUAUUUGUGUCCCAAAACAUAAAUUUUAAGAUCAAUCCUGCAACA